AUUUGGGUGGAGCCCUUCCAGGGUGAGUUCACUCACUUCCUGCUCAGGGCUUUGCAGCCACAGUGAGCCUAGGCUGGGGAGACUGGAAGGAUCAGAGGUCCAGGCAGGACCCAGGGCAGGAAGAUGGCCAGUGGGGGCAGCGACCUCAGCACCAGGAUGUCUGUAGAAAACAAGCAUAUCUAUGACAUUGCUCUCUGCCACUUCAAAACACAGAAAGUCAAAAUUUCAAACAUAAUAAAAGUAUCAUUUCCUUUCCUUGAACUUCUCCGUGACUAUGGAUUCAUCAGCAAUGAAAUAUAUGAAAAGUCGAAGGAAUCUUUUAAAACACCGGGUUCGGAACAAAAAGUCAUAAUUGAUGUUCUCAAUGAAGUGGAGAAGACAUUUAACCUGUCCCUUCUGGAAGCAUUGUUCAGCGAGGACAUCAUGGACACCUACCCUGGUUUAAAUGAUAUUUAUAAAACCUUCAAAAAAGUGAUACCAAACAUAGAACUGUUCCUAAAAAGUGAUGGAGAAGAAAAUGAGGAGAGACCUGAUAUCCAACAGAUCCUUGAACAAGAGAUCGAUAGUGAGGACUCCAGAGAAUCCAGUGAUGGAGCUGAGCCCCCAGAAGCUUUGUAGACGAAAGGGGCCACAUGCUAACCUGACAAGCUCAGGGGAGGCCUGCAUGGAGGUCUUGCAAACUCAGAGACCUAAAGGAACCACAAAGGAUGGUCUAAAAUUAAACUUUAACUAAAAGCAGUUAUGGUGGGCAGUUACAUCCUAGGCCAGUAUCUUCACUGACAAGGUCUG